AUGGGUUUUGAUAGCUGGAAGAAGCGACUUUCUGGGAUCGGAGGGAAGAAAUUACCUUCACCGUCAUCUUCCUUGUCAUCACCAAGGGAUGCCCCCGAAGGAGCAUUUCCAUCUUCACACCCAAACAAUGCUCCCGCUCCGGCCAUUGAAGGAAAUCCUCAUCCUUCGUUCCAGCGCCCAGGCCAAUCGCAAAGGCAGGCUCUUCAGACGAACUUCUCGUCUUCUUAUUCGAACAAUGCUCCCGUUCCAGGAGCCGCUGGAAAUCCCUGGUCUCCUUCGCAAGCCCCAGCGCCUAGGCCAAUAGCAUGGCCGCUUACUUAUCCAGUUUUGCCGGAGGAGGGUGUCGGCGUGCUCAUAUUUUAUCAUACGCUGCAAUCCAUGGUCAGUGGGGAGAUUUAUUGCUGGACUUAUAUCUCUGAAGGAUUGGCACGAGUGGGCCAGAAAGAGAUCGUCUUUACUAUUCGACGCAAGGCCAGUGAACGGGAGGAUAACUUCCCGACAACUCCUUUUCAAUGGAUUAAGUUCGUCUAUUCCGCAGCAAAGGGCGGGCAGACAGUUGAUGAGUUUCAUCGCACAGACUUCCAUUCUCCGUCCUUCCUUGACAGGUCUGAUUUCAAAUGGAUCGUUUACUGCCCUGCGCACUCUAUCAACAAUGUACCUGCUUCAUAUUUCCCUCGUGAAUGGCUGCAGGUCAUCCCCCUCAUUGCGCCAGAGGCAGAGGUGGCCCAGAGAUAUGGAGUUAUGAGAGCUCUUGGACAUCUAGGUGCUCAGGAGCGUUAUUUCCCUUUCCCUCCCUGGAUAGACCGUGGCCGUCAACCAUGCAUAACCAUGGCGAACAUGACGGGAACUAUGAAGGAUUCGCUUCCGUCUGUUAUUGUCACGGGGAUAAAUGCAUUGAAGAAGGGAAGCGAGAUUGUUCUUUAUAUUCCCCAACGAUCUGCUUCUCCGCUUAAAGAAGCAUUGGCACAGUUUCAACUUGAACACGUAUUUUCGCUUGAAACCACUCCUCACAGGGACGCUGACUCCGGCCUCCUCUGGAGUAAUACCGAUACAGAGCCCAGGGGAUACGCUGCAGGCACAUCAAAUGCGUGUAUGAAUCUAAAUUAUUUCGCAUUCUGCCCUUGCCAGGAGAGCAAUGAGCUUAAAAUGAUCGAAGAUGGAUUUAUAUUCAUGAUCACAAAUUCCACGUGGGCGAACUUCCGCAACUUCAUCGAACAGUCAAUAUCUUCCAGUAUUGCUUUCCCAUCCGGUUUCCGAUUCACCCUAGAAUUUGAAGGAUCGACAUCACCACAAAACACAGGCCCUUCUCCUGGAACCCAAGCAGCCGUACAACCAACACCCUCUCCGGUCAAAUACGCGUAUGUCGAAUACAAACCUGAAAACCCAGUUCCCAGAUCUCAAAAGCCAAGCCAUGUUCACUGUGAUCAUGUCGUUCUCCUCGACACAAACGUUGCAAAGCAAGCCGACGUGGAUGAACUGAGUCGGUAUAUUAAAUCGAUUGAAGCCGUGUUGGAUACGACCGUUCCUAAAACUGCCCCCCCACACUUGGUUGGCGGAGGGAAACUCCUUAUCGAAGCUGAUGUUGGGGGCCCUGAUCGGGAUGACCCCCUGAGCCGCGAGUGGUUCAAGAUGAAGUUCUCCCCGCCUUCUUUGGAGGCUCUACCAAUGGCUGAGAUAUAUGACGGGGUCGCUCUAUUAGCAAAACCGAGUAUCGAACCUAGAACUAGGUUUUCUAUGGCCUUUAAUGUCUGGGGGUUUACGGGGACGUGGGCAUAG